UCCUAGAAGAAAAAAAAAAGACAGACGAACACGAUGAGAUGCUGCUGCUGCCCCAAAACCGCGUCACCAUCGAAUUCUUCCUCUUCCUCGACACCACGAUGAUACCCAGUCAAAUCCCCCAUCCCAAAGGCCAAGUCUUCGCCUUCCUUCCUUCCAUCUCCCUCAACAAUAAUAAGCUUCCUCUCUCUCUCUCUCUCUCUCUCUCUCUCUCUCUCUCUUCCCCCCUCCUCGCUUUCCUCGGUCUCGUUCCUUCAUAUCCAAAUCUCCGCCGCCCAGGACAAAUUCCCUUUGAUCCCGCCUCGCGCGGCGGCCGCGCCAUUUUUGUCCAGUUCUUCUUGAUCCGUGAUCGAUCCUCCCCGCCGCCGCCGCCGGAGAAGACGGACGGACGGACGGCCCGCUGCCUGAUUGGAUUGGAUUCUGUGCCGGAAGAUUUUCUUUUUCUCUCGGCGGCGGCGCUGAAUUAGGGGCAAGUUGGAUUGGAUUCUGUGGGAUUCUUCGUUGGUGGGGGUGGAAGGCGAGAGAGGGCUUUUUGAUGAAUUCUCGCCGAUCCAGGUCCGUGAAGCUGCUGUCGGCGCGCUCCAAGGCCCUCGACGUCGGCGUCGGCGAGGAGGACCCCCGGAUGAGCUCCUCGGCCGACAACACCGUCUACUGCUGCAUUGCCAAGGGGACCAAGGUGAUCUACUGCUACAGCAGCGCCAAGGACGGCGGCGAGACGGAGGCCACGGCGGCGCUCUGCCUCGAGAACGCGCCGCCGUACCACCGGCAUUACGUCCACACCUUCGGGACCAGGAGCUACGGCUACCUCAUGGCCGACGGCCACACCUUCUUCGCCAUCAUCGACCCCAGCGUCGGCAGCGUCGGCGCCCUGCAGUUCCUGGACCGCGUGCGCGAGGAGUUCAUCCGGAACAACAACAGGAAUGGGCUUCACGACGCGCUGGUGCCGGCUGUCCAGAGGCUGGUGGCUUCGCUGGAGAAGAUGCCACGGGUGGCGAUCGUUCUCGAGGACGGCAACCGUAGGGGAGGCUCGAAUGAGAGCUCGAGCUGCACGUCGUCCAAGGUGCCGCUCCUCGGAAAAGGCGGGGGCAGGAAGGACAAGAAGAAGGGGAAGGAGAAGGGGGCGUCCAUGGGUGAUGAUGACGAGGAUGAGCACCAUGGCACUAGAGGGGUGAGGAUCGACGUGCCGCCAGAGGAUGUCAGUGGCAUGUCGUUGGAGCGCAGCACGAGUCAAUCAAGGCUACGGAGGCAGCAGUCAUCACGGUCGCUGUGGAUGCGCCAUGUGAAGAUCAUCAUCAUCGUUGAUGCCGUCAUCUGUGUGAUUCUUUUUGCUGCUUGGCUUGCCGUCUGCAAGGGUUUCCAGUGUGUGUCUGGGUGAUCACCUGAAAACCGGCACAUAUUAGUUGUGUAAGCUGCUGAUGAACCGAGAAGUUUCAAAAUGCAGUGACUUUGGAUAUGCUCCUUUCCCAGAAAGGUAAGCUCAGAAGAUGAUGCUCCGAGUUGGUGAAUAUGGUUCACGAUCAGAUGAUGAAAAGAAAGCCCGGAGGUUUGAUGCGAUGAACAUGUACAUAUGCUUCAUCUCUUGUACAUGAGAUUUUCAACAGUUCUUUUUUCCACAGAUGUUAGUGUUCUUGUGAUCCUCCUGUAUUUAUGAGUUUCAUCUUGUGUCUAUAUUAUUUUCUUUCUCUGAUAGUUAUGCAGAUUGCAUAUGCUGUUUCAUACAUGCGUCUGUUUUCAUUGCCUUGUGUUAGAUGUCUGCUCUCAUUAAAAAUUCAGUUAAGCUCUGAA